AUGAGAUUUUCAUCUAUUAUCAUCUUGGCCAAUUUACUUGGUACUGGCAUUGCCUACGACCAAUACUCCUACAACCCAUCGACAACGCUGCGACCAAUCGCCACAAGGUCUCGAGUUGGCAAUACCUAUGGGCCUACCGGGACUCCAUGCGCAGGAAAUACCCCCAAUGACCGAUCUGUCUGGUGCAAUUACAGUAUCGACACGGACUACGAAAAUGUCGUCCCGGACACGGGUGUUACGCGUGAAUACUGGUUUGAAGUUAAAGAAGUCACACUUUCUCCCGACGGAUUCAAGACUCCACGUCCAGUUAUGACCAUCAAUGGCACUUUCCCUGGCCCGACUCUUGUUGCAGAUUGGGGCGACUGGGUGAUUGUCCAUGUCACCAACCAUUUGUACCAGGCAAUGAAUGGUUCGAGCAUUCACUGGCACGGUAUUCGUCAGAACUAUACAAACCCCAAUGAUGGUGUUACCUCGGUCACCCAGUGUCCUAUUGCCCCCGGCUCGACAAUGACUUAUAAAUGGCGAGCUACCCAGUAUGGAUCCUCGUGGUAUCACUCUCAUAUUGGGCUGCAAGCCUGGGAAGGCGUAUAUGGUGCCAUUAUUAUCAAUGGACCGGCAACUGCAAAUUACGAUGUGGACAAGGGAUCAUUGUUCCUGAGUGAUUGGACGCAUGAAACUGUGGAUCAACUGCACCAAGAUGUUCAACUACGCGGUCCUGUCAGAAAGUUAUCGAAUGGACUCAUUAAUGGAACAAAUAUCUAUGGGAAUGGUACAAAUACUACCGGAUCUCCUUUCCACAUGAAAGUUGAAAAAGGCAAAUCCUACCGGCUGCGACUCGUGAACCCUGCUAUCGACACGCAUUGGAAGUUCACUAUUGACAACCACACAAUGACCGUCAUUGCAAUGGAUCUUGUUCCUAUAAGGCCAUUUGUCACGAACGUCAUCAGCAUUGGAAUGGGUUCGUUUCUUGGCCUCAUCCCCGUCGCUCCAGACAUACAAGCUAAUGUUAUACAUCCAGGUCAACGCUAUGACGUUAUCAUCACAGCCAACCAGAGUUCCGUAGCCGAAUCCUUCUGGAUGAGAGCUAUACCAGCCGAUAGAUGUUCACGAAACGAAAUGGCCGGCAACAUCCGAGGCAUCGUCUACUACGGCAACAAGCCAAAACAACCACGCACGCAGUCAUUCCCCUUCACAAACGUAUGCGAAGACGAACCAUUGACGAAUCUAGUUCCGCACGUCCCCAAAAACGUCGAUCCACCAAUUUCACCAGUUUGGGAUAAGAAUGUAACAGUCAGCAAUACCAGGAACGCACAGAACUUUUUCCGCUGGCAGUUCAACUCGACCUCGAUGAACGUGAGCUGGGAGAACCCAACCCUGAUGCAAGUCUACCGCAACGAGCCAGGCUUCUCUAAUUCAAGCGGCGUGAUUGAGCUGCCUUUCAAGGAUAAAUGGGUGUAUCUCUUUAUCCAAAACACCGUCGUCACUCAUCCCAUCCACCUCCACGGCCAUGACUUCUCUAUAUUGGCGCAAGGACAGCCUGGGCCUGGGAAACCGCAAUGGGAUGGUUCAAUCAUUACGCAGAAUCCUCCGCGUCGGGAUACGGCCGUGUUGGCUGGGAGUGGGUGGCUGCUUAUUGCUUUCAAGACGAAUAACCCCGGUGCGUGGUUGAUGCACUGUCAUAUUGGAUGGCAUGUCGACGAGGGUCUGGCGUUGCAGUUUGUCGAGCGACAAGAUGAGAUUCGGGAUCUCGUUGAUUAUACUCCGUUUAAGAAGAAUUGUGCUUCGUGGGAUAGAUACGUUAGGACGAAGAAUAUUGUGCAGGCAGAUUCAGGAGUGUGA